GACUUUGCUCGAGGAGUUCCUGGGCUGAAGGAGCAUGAAGUGGCAAAACGGCACCCGUUGCAUGCCGGAGUCGCUCGGCGCGCCGGGGCUGCGCAAGAGGACAACAGUGGCCAGGACCGGCGCGAUCUCGAGGAGGUGGUCGCAGAAGCCGACAGGGUGCUGGAGGACAACGGCACGGUGAAAGAGACCAAAGCCGUCUUGCGAAAAGCGCAGAAGAUAUAUCCAGGGAAGUGGACCCUUUCAGGGAAGAAAGACGAGUUGCAACAAAAACUGCGCGAGUUUGUGGAGGAGGCCAAAGCAACCAAAAAGGGCUUGGAAGAGGUGACAAGCUGGCACCCUGGGCGUGGCGGAGUUGCUUCGCGCGCCAGCCCGCAGCAGGACAGUGGUGCGGAGGACUGGCUCGCCAAGAGCUGCGAGGAGGUGGAGGGCUUCAAGAAGGCCCAGGUGCCCAGUUGGGCAGAGGCUGUGCUGAUUGACGGCGGGCUGGAAGCAGACGAUGAGUUCAUCCAGCGGACGGUGACCGCACUGCGGCAGCAAGGCGUCACCGGCAAGUCCCUGCUGGAGCUGACACUGGAGAAGCUGAUGGCAGCUCCGUACAACAUCCCUGGCGGACCUGCAGAGCUGCUGACAAAGAAGAUCCAGUUGCUGAAGGAGCCCCAGGCAGAUGGGCAGCAGGCUGCCAUCGAGGCCAUCCUAUCGUCGAGCUGGACGGUGCGCAGGCCAGCACCGAUGAAACCUGCAUUGUUGGGGCGCACGGAGGCCAAGCGGGAACUCCUUGAAUACAUUCGCGGGGUCAUGGAUGUUGCCAAUUCAAUCCACUGGGAGCAGGGGACGCUGCCAAAGUGCAGCAUGAAGGCGACGGCCGGCGUCAAGGGAAUCGGCAAAACUCGCCUCCUGCAUGAGAUGUGCACCACUUGGCUCAACGAAACUGGGGCGAAGGUCGGACUGCACGUGGAUUUCAAUGGAGGCAGCGAAUGGGAUGCAAGCAAGGGCCCAGAAAAUGCCUUCGCACAGGUGCUCCUUCAGAGCGCCGGCAUGCGGCGGGAUGACGCUGAAUGGUGCUCGGCGGUCCUUCCAUGGAAGAAGGUGAUGCGGGCUCUGCAGCAGAAGCUGGGAUUGUCAAAGGAGCUUCUUGUGGUGGGGGUGGACGAGGUCAUGCAGCUGGAACAAAAAUGCGGCACCAAGCCGUGCUGCAAUUUCAUCUCCACCCUCAUGAACACCCAAGACGCAUCUCUUAUUUCGGGAGAGUUUCCUGUUAUUUUCAUUUGGACAGCGCUCUUCGAGAGCUACAUGAAGGAGCGAGCAAGCCAGUCUGGCCGCAAAAUUGCGACACUGAUCUCCUUGAAGGCUUUGCCACCUGAUUCCUUGGACAGGGUACCUCAGGAGAUUCGCAAUGCUUUCGAGCAAACACCUGGCAGACGACAGCUGUUGCGACAGCUCCUUGGCCAUCCGCGCUUGACGUUUGAUGCUUUACAGGAUGCGUUUUCUGUCUGUGGAGUGCCUGAAACCACCUUUGCGUUGGCCCAAUUUCGCAUGAUAAUGAUAAGCUUUGCCAAGCUUGACCAGGGCAAAUCCUUGCAGAGUGACGAGGUCAGACAGUGGUAUUCACCCAGUGCGAUCAUUGCGACUGGAGUACAGGACGACCUUGUCUCCCGCGGCUUAGUCCAGGCCGUGCAGUUUGGCAACUCUGGCCAUAAGUCAGUCUUGCACCCGCUCAUUUUGCAAAGCUGGGCUGACAGCCACCGUGAGCCCUUGGCAAACCAGAUCAAGAAGAUGUUUGAAGAGGAUGCUGUCAUUGAGGCCGCGCAUGAGAAGAAGUUUGAGACCGUCAUGCUUCACUUCGAUGCUGCGGUGCGUUUGGCAUUGGAGCAGGAAAGCUGCACGCUGGAGCAGCUCUUCCCAGGGGCGAGCUUGAAACCGGAGAGCCUGCGAGAAGUGCUCGUGCUGUCUGGGUUGCGGCACCGACAGAACUCGGUGGUGGAGCUCGAUUCCUUUGACGACGUUGACGAGGUGAUGAGCUCCUUAGAGUACGGCAGCAUCGUGGUGUCCCAGAAGCGCACUGAGAAAGGGAUUGAGUAUUUGGUGCCAUGGACAGUUCCGCGCAAAGAUCACCGACAGCUGCUUCGAAGCUUGCAGCCGACAGGGCCUGGGGAGAAGGACCCAAACGCCCAUCUAUUGAUUCUUGGCGUGCAAACCAAGUAUGUACAGGAGUUCGUGGGCAAGUGGCCCUCGGUGGAAGACAAGGCGAAAAAAGCACUGGCUGGCCUCCAAGCCAAUCCGAAGGUGCUCCAAGCCUUGCCCGUGUUCUACACCACUGAGAGCACUAAAGAGGGCCGGUCCCUUGACAAUCCCAACGUCUAUUUCAACGAGGUGGGCCUCGCGGAACUCCUCUUGGAGAGGACCGGGCCCCUUCGACUGUUCUUCGAGAAGCGUGGCAAGCCUCUGCAAAACAAGCUUGCGGGCUUUGGGUGA